UAUUUUUUUAUUUAUAGCAUGUACUGCUGCAAGUCCAAGGGUGCAGACACCACCCGCAUCACAUCAUCAAUGGCAUAUUAUGAGUGCCAUUUGCUUAGAACGAAAGCCAGUUGUAUCACAAGAAAUGACUCCAACUGAAGCAUCUUUUUCUAAUUUAAUUCAGAAAAUUGAACAUGAAAAUAGUUUGCUCAGUGAACAUGAAUUAAGGCAUAUUGAAGAUGUAAAAUAUGCAGAAAAAAUAAAAAAAAGUGAAGAUGAUAUUGAUCUAGAUGCUGCAACAAAACAAACUGCACAAGAGUUUGAAGAUGCCUCGAAUGAAGAAUUACAGAAGUUCAAAGCAGCACCAAUUAUUACUGCAUGUACUGCUGCAAGUCCAAGGGUGCAGACACCACCCGCAUCACAUCAUCAAUGGCAUAUUAUGAGUGCCAUUUGCUUAGAACGAAAGCCAGUUGUAUCACAAGAAAUGACUCCAACUGAAGCAUCUUUUUCUAAUUUAAUUCAGAAAAUUGAACAUGAAAAUAGUUUGCUCAGUGAACAUGAAUUAAGGCAUAUUGAAGAUGUAAAAUAUGCAGAAAAAAUAAAAAAAAGUGAAGAUGAUAUUGAUCUAGAUGCUGCAACAAAACAAACUGCACAAGAGUUUGAAGAUGCCUCGAAUGAAGAAUUACAGAAGUUCAAAGCAGCACCAAUUAUUACUGAAGCCGAUAAAAAGAACUGUCAACAUUCAUUAAAUAGAAAAUUAAGAAAUAGUCUCUUACUGAUAAUAAAACAAAAAUUAGGAAAUGAUUAUCGCUGGCUUCUACCCCAAAGUAUCAGAAGAGAAGACGAAAACCUAAGAGAAACGGCCGAAAGAAUCGUUAAAGAAAUGUGCCAAGAUAAAUUACAAAUCACCAUGAUGGGUAAUGCACCCGCAGGACAUUAUAAAUAUAAAUAUCCAAAAGCCGAGAGAAAUGGCGGAAUUAUGGGAGCUAAGGUAUUUUUUUUCAAGGCUCAAGUAAGAGAGGGAGAGAUAACAAAAGAAGAAUUGUUACAGCAAAAUCCAAACGUCAAUGAUUAUUGCUGGGCAACAAGAAGCGAGCUCAAAGAAAAACUGCAUCCGGAUUAUCUUAAGGCGGUCGAAAGUUUUCUGAUUGACGAAAAUUAAAAUGUUAAAAUUCUAAUUUAGCUUUUCGUGUACAGUUCAAUGUAGUAUUAUUAAAAGAAUAAAAAUCAAAGCUAUAUAAAUAUAAA